CAGUGGGGUGCGUCCACAGUGCCGGGACAUGUUUGCUGAAGGAGCAGCUGUGAGGAAGACCAGGGACCAUGGAGGACAGGUGGACCCCUCACCUGGUGACAAGUAGUCCUACUUUGUCUUUUCAACGUCCAUAAAAAGUGAGGAAUGUCCCGGCAAAGCUUGUCCGCCGCGCUGCUCGUGCUGGCGCUGCUUUGCGCCCGCUCCCUCGCCGACCUCUUCAACCUGACGCUGUCCGUCAAGGAAGGCCUGCCCGCCAAAACCAUCGUCGGGGACCUGGCGGCGGGCCUGAACCGUCCCGGCGGCACCGGCUUCUUCAUCUCGGAAAGCCGGGACUCGGACGUCUUCCGAGACUUGGAGAUCGACGCGGACACGGGGAUCAUCUCUACAGCUGUGGUCCUGGACCGCGAGACCAGGGCGAGGUACGAUUUUGUGGCGGCCACCCUCGCAGGGGAGAUGAUCAGGGCGAGGAUCGAGGUGCGGGACGUCAACGAUCAUUCGCCGGAGUUCCCCUCGGAGGAGGUGGACUUGGAGGUGUCAGAGCUGAGUCCACCCGGGAGCCGCUUUCACCUGAACGGAGCUCGGGACCAGGAUGAGGGCGACUUUGGUACACAGGGGUACAGAAUCCGAGAGGCUGAGGUGGGAGAGAUUUUCCAACUGGAGCAUCGAAGCGUUGCUACUGAAAAUAGUUUGGAUUUGGUGCUCAUGAGCAAAGUGGAUCGAGAAGCUCAGGACUCGUACUCGCUGACGAUCGAGGCCUUUGACGGCGGCAUUCCAGCCCAGACCGGGACACUAAAGGUCAACAUCCGCAUUGUGGAUGAGAACGACAACCCGCCUGUGUUCAACCAGACAGAGUAUCAUGCGUCCGUGUCGGAGAACGCUGCGGUUGGAUCGUCGGUGUGCCGAGUCCACGCCACAGACCUGGACCUGGGUGAAAACGCUAGAAUCACCUAUGAGAUCAACCGGCGACAGAGUGACCCUAACCAGUUUUUCUCCGUCAACCAAACCACCGGAGUGGUUCACCUCAACAAACCAUUGGAUUUCGAAGCGCAGGGUUUCCACGAGCUGAUUGUCACCGCCAGAGACGGCGGCGCCCAGCCGGAGUCCGGCAGCACGUUCGUGGUGGUGAAGGUGCUGAACGUCAACGACAACAGCCCCUCCAUCGGCGUCCUGUUCCUCAGCGAGACCGGCGAGGCGCUGGUGUCGGAAGACGCUGCGAUAGGAGAAUACGUUGCAAGAAUUUCUGUGUCGGACCCGGAUUUCCAGGGAGAGAAGAUCUCUGUGGUCCUGGAGGGCGGGGAUGGGAAAUUCACCUUGAAGCAGACUGACGACUUCCUGUACGCUUUGUGUGUUGACGCAGAGCUGGACAGGGAAGACGAGGACCUUUACGAGCUCAAGGUCCGAGCGUUUGAUCUCGGAAGCCCCCCUUUGAGCAGCGAGAUGGUCUUCCUCGUCAAAGUAGCAGACACCAAUGACUCCCCCCCGGUCUUUGAGAAGGACGUCUUCAUUGUUAGCAUCGCCGAGGAUGCUCCUAAGGGGACCUCCCUCAUCCAGGUCCAGGCCCGGGACCAGGACCAAGGCAGUAACGCAGACAUCAACUACUCCAUCCUCAAGUCCAACCAGGACAACCUGGUGAGCGUUGACACCUGGUCCGGUCUGGUCAGCACAGCAGGUGACCUGGACAGGGAGACGCAGGCGGUGGUGUGGUUUCUAGUGUUGGCGGAGGACCUGGGGGAGCCGCCGCUCUCGUCCACCGCGACCGUCACCCUGCUGCUGGAGGAUGUCAACGACAACGAGCCAGCGUUCCCGCGGCGACUCUACAACGCCAGCGUCCCCGAGCACAGUCCAGCCGGGAGCUGCUUCUUACGACUUGUGGCCGAAGACGCAGACAGUCCGGAGUUCGGCACGUUGGUCUACUCUUUGUCUGAUGGCUUCGACCAGUCGGACCAAAACCUUCUCUUCCACAUCAACCCGCAGACUGGAGACCUCUGCGUCUCCCAGGACAUCGACAGAGACGCGGGACUGACGCACCACGACAUCCUGGUCACAGCUGAGGACCCGGGAGGCCUGAGCGCACAAACCUACGUACACGUGCACAUCGAAGACCUCAACGAUAAUGCGCCGGUGUUCAACCCUGAGGACUACGCCAGCAGCAUCAGCAGCCACGCUCAGCCCGGCGCCGAAAUCCUCAACGUCGUCGCCACCGACGCCGACUCCGGACGCUUUGGUCGCAUCACCUACGCCAUCCUUCCUGGCGACCUGUCCGCCUUGUUCGCCAUCAAUCAGCAAACAGGGAUGCUCUACCUGGCCUCUACCCUGACUCACCUGGGGGGCGCGGCCAGCCUGAAGAUUGCCGUCACGGCGCAGGACGGCGCGGGCGUGACCUCAGCACGACCAGCGGAAGUGACCGUGCACCUUCUGGCCAGCGCUCAGGCUCCGGCCGUGUUCCAGAGGUCUCGCUACACCUUCAGCGUGCCUGAGGACGCCGCCCCGGGCACCAGUGUGGGGACUGUGCGGGCCACCGCUCCAACGGGAUCGGCAUCCUACAGAAUCUCCUCUGGUAACCCCCAGGGUCUGUUCCGCGUCCACGCCAAGUCGGGUAUAAUCACCAGCGUCAAACCCCUGGACCACGAGUCGCUGCCUGGGGUCCUGCUCUUCGUUCAGGCCUACACCGACUCCUCCGACGUCUACAGCACCACCCAAGUCAACAUCUCCAUCCAGGACGUCAACGACGUGGCCCCCGUUUUCCCAAAGCCCAAGGAUGCCAUCACGGUGUCCCAGAACACACUCCCGGGGACGGUGCUGUUCAUCGCUCACGCCCACGACUAUGAUAGCGCUGCCAACGGGAGGGUGUUUUACUACCUGAAAGCUCGGAGCUACAACAACGCGUUUGUGGUGGAUCCCGACUCAGGAACAGUCACCCUAAACCAAAGUCUACAGGAGGACCCUCAGCAGAGCUACGACUUGGACAUCGUGGCUGAGGACGAAGGAGAUCCUCCUCUGAGCUCCACGCUGGCUCUAACCGUUAACGUUGACCGCACCAAUUCCGGAGACGGCCUGGCCUUCGAGACUCUAGUUUACCAUGUGGAGAUCGGCGAGGGCUACCGCAAGAAUUCUAGGGUCAUCCAGGUGAGGGCGCACUGGAGCAGAGGAACCUCCCAGUCGGCCAUCACUUACUCUUUGGUUGGAGACCAAGGGUUCCCUCCUCCCCCAUUCAGGGUCCAUCCCAAGACCGGUUGGUUGUAUCUCUCGGACAAUCUGGACUACGAGAUGGAAACUACGUACCGUUUUGGAGUGUUAGUCGCCGCUAAAGAAGUGAACGCCACAGCCACGGUGAUCGUUCUAGUUUUGGAUAUCAAUGACAACGCUCCGGAAUUCAGCAGAGAUGUGUACUUCUUCACACUGUCAGAGGGAACGUCCCCACAAGGUCUGGCAGGCGAAGUCACGGCCACGGAUAAGGACUCUGGGAAAAACGCCCAGCUGUCCUACAUCCUGCUAUCGGACGGGAGGUUUUUCCGCAUCGAUUCCAAAACAGGUGAGAUCAUCAACUGGGUGGCGUUGGAUCGGGAGCAACACAGCCAGCACGCCCUCAAGGUAAUGGUCACGGAUCAGGGAAGUCCACGUCUCAACGCCACCACCACUGUCCACGUCUUGGUCACGGACAUAAACGACAACGCACCGCAGUUUACACACCUUCCUGCUAGCAAGGAGCGCAAUGUUCAGAUAUUAGCAGGUAUACCGACAGGAACCCUGGUGACAAACAUCUUCGCCAAAGACUCGGAUGCGGGGGAAAAUGGAUCCGUCACUUUUACGCUGGUUACCCUCGGCGUCCAAGGUCAACGUUUGAGACAUUUCGAGAUUGACGGUAAAAGCGGAGAAAUCAGGACCACGUCUGUUUUCGAGAGAAACGUCGAAGCGGGUUACACCCUUAAAGUGACCGCGAGGGAUGGAGCAACAUCGCCACUAGAGGCCGCUGCUGUCAUUCAUGUGCAGGUUUAUAGAGACGAGGACCAGUUUGGACAUCCCGAGUCGCCAUUCCUGAGACGUUUCUCCGUAAGAGAGGACGUGGCUCCGGCCGCCGUCAUCGGCUCGGCCGGCAUCCCCCAUGAAGAGAAAUACCGCUAUUCCGUCGCCGAGGGAGACGGGAACGUCCAUUUUGGGAUUGACUGCCAGUCCGGGGACGUCUACGUCAACCGGCCGCUGGACUAUGAGUCAGCUGUGCAGUUCGCGUUCACGGUUCUCGCUGAGGACCGGGGCGGGACGCGGAAUGUGACGGUACAGGUGUUGGUGACGGUGGAGGACGUCAACGACCACGCCCCCAGCUUCCUGGAUAACCUGGCGACCUUUGCUUUGAGAGAAGACGCCGCUAUUGGAUCAUUGGCGUUAGCCUUUCACGCGACGGACGACGACGGCACGUACGCCAACGGCGCCCUGCGCUACUCCGUAACCUAUGACCCGGGCCUCGGCGGGCCGUCUUCCGGCUUCCCCUUUCAAAUGAACCCUCACACCGGCAGUUUGACCGUAGCGGCGGCGCUGGACCGCGAGACGAGCCCCGCCUACACCUUCACCGUGAGCGCCGUUGACCAGGGCGGGAGGCAGGCGUCCGUGGCGGCUCAGGUCUUCCUGCUGGACGUCAACGACAGGAGGCCCGCGUUUGUGUCAGCUGAGGCGGUCCAGGUGAUGGAGGACGCGGCGGUGGGGAGUCUGGUGCAUCGUUUUGUGGCCAUGGACGCAGAUGAAGGGGAGAACGGAGUUGUGUCCUACGUCAUCCUGGCUGGAGACCGCGACUCAAUAUUCUCUUUGGAAGAGGACACUGGCCUCUUGCUGCUCUCCGCACCGUUGGACUUUGAGACGGAGCGUUCCCACCGACUGACGGUUGGCGCGGUGGACGGCGGCCGGCCUGCGCUCUCCUCCACUCAGACUCUGACGGUGGACGUGGUGGACGUCAACGACCGGGCGCCCGUCUUCAGUCGGGACGUCUACGCCGCCGCCGUGUCUGAGAACAUGGAGCCAGGACAAGCGGUGGUCCGAGUGUCUGCUGAUGACCACGAUUCAGAGGAGAACGCCGUGGUGUGGUACAGUCUGUCGCCUGGACCGGGCUACGAGUUCUUCAGCAUCAACCCGUCUAGUGGACUCAUCAGCACCGCCUCCUUGCUGGACAGAGAGAAGCAGCAGCAGUUCACUCUCAGAGUCCAAGCUCGUGACAGCGGCUCACGGCCUCUGUCGAGCGUGGCCACGGUGCUGUGCUCCGUGCUGGACGACAACGACAACCCUCCGGACUUCGCGCAGUCCUCCUUCCGGAUCGGCGUGCCGGAAAACCUGCCCCCCGGGGUCCUUCACACGGCCCAGGCCUACGACCCGGACCGAGGCGAGAACGGCACCGUGCAGUACUCCAUACAAGGCGAGGACUACAGAGGCGUCUUCACUAUCGACAGUCACACAGGCGUGGUCAGGUCCAUGCAGGUCCUGGACCAUGAGAACAAACCGAACUACACGCUGACCAUACAGGCCCGCGACUGCGGCCCGAGCCCUCUCAGUUCCACCACACAGCUCCAGCUGCUUCUUCUGGACCAGAACGACAACACCCCAACCUUCACCCGCAAGAGCUACCAGGCCUCUCUCAGCGAGGGUCUCCCGGCCGGAGUGGAGGUCCUGAGCGUCACCGCCCUGGACCCCGACGAGGGGUCAAACGGCGCCGUGGCGUACUCGCUGACAGAGGACAGCAGCCGGGGCGCCUUCUCCGUCGACGCUUACACGGGUGAGAUCCGGACCACGCGGACGCUGGACCGUGAGAGCGGGGCCCGGUUCAGCCUGAGGGUGAUGGCUACAGACGGCUGCAGUCAAGGACCGCUCAGCUCCUUUGCAUCCGUCGACAUCCAAGUGGAGGACGUCAACGACAACGUGCCCGUCUGUGAGCACAAUCCCAUCGACGCUUUCAUCUCCACGAGGACGUUUCCGAACCAGGUCGUCGCCACGGUGACGGCGACCGACGCGGACCAGGGUCCGAACGGAACGGUCGUAUUCUCCCUGUCGGACAACGAGAAUCUCUUCGACGUUAACAGCGAGUCGGGAGAGAUUUCACUCCGACGGCGAGUGAGGGCAGGUUUCUCCGUCAAGAAGCUUCAGGUGCACGUUUCAGACCGGGGACUUCCGGCUUUGACCUCCAGCUGCUUGGUGUUUGUCCGCCUCGAAGGAGAACCUCAGGGUCUGCAGUUCUCGCACAAGGUUUACAACGCCACCAUCCAGGAGAACAGCAGGGCAGGCACGUGGAUCACAACAGUCGAUGCCCGCGACCAAAGCGACAACAAACACAGAAUAUCGUACGUCAUAUUCGGCGGCGAUGACGACAACGUCUUUUCCAUCAACCGCCACACAGGUGAGAUGCGAGUGCGGAAGGACAACGCUCUGGACUUUGAGGCGGGCCCCGGCGUGGCGCUGGUGGUCCUGGCGGACAACGGGCUGCAGACGGCUCACUGCAAGGUGGUCUUGGGUCUACAGGACGCCAAUGACAACGCCCCGCUCUUUGAACACGGCGCUUACAGGACCGCUGUGUGGGAGGGGCAAGUGCGCAACACCUACAUCAUGCAGGUGUUUGCUUCCGACGCCGACAGCGGGUUGAACGGACAGGUGGACUUCUCAAUCAGGUCUGGGAACCAUAACAGCGCUUUCAUCCUGGACUCCGUUCGUGGGAUACUGGCUACCAACGCGCCACUGGACCGCGAGAUCACGCCUUCGUACGAGCUAGUCAUUCAGGCCACAGACAGAGGGAAUCCUCCACUCAGCAGUAGCGCCACCAUCAGGGUCCAAGUGGCGGACAUCAAUGAUAACAGCCCUACUAUCCCCCCAAUAGAAGCUGUUCUCAUACCCGAGAAUCUUCCCCCAGGGCACGUGGUCGCCCAGGUGACGGCCAACGACGUGGACCUGAAUCCCGCCAUCACCUUCAGCUUCUCCCGCAACGCCAGCAACCACGGCCCCUUCGCUAUGGACCGAUACACCGGCUUCGUCACGCUGACUCGGGCCCUGGACCUGGAGGAGGAGGACAAGGAGUACGACCUGACCGUCUGGGUGUCGGACUCCCUCCACCAGAGCUCCGCAGAGGUCAGGGUUCAAGUGCUGGACGUCAACGACAACGCGCCUAUCUUCACCCAGGUGUCAUACCAGGUGGAGUUGUCCGAACUUGUUCCAGAGGGCACGUUUGUCGUGAACGUGUCCGCCACCGACAGGGACUGCGGAUUCAACGGCAAAGUUGCCUACAGGCUGCUCUCGUCUUCUUUACAAGGCUUCUACAUCCACGCAGACACCGGAUCUCUUUUUACCAAUAAGGCCAUCAAGUCCAUCACCAACGGCAACGCGGUCCAACUUCUCGUUGAGGCCCGAGACGGAGGAGACCCAGUCCGCGCCUCGGUUACCUCCGUAGACGUGCUGUGGGUGGACGUCAACGACCACGCCCCUCUGUUCCAUCAGGACGUCUACAUCGUCAGCGUCUCUGAGGACACGCCCACUGGUGCCACACUUCUGACACUCUUCGCCUCAGACCAAGACUGGAGCCCUGAGAAUACGUAUUUGGACUACGCCAUCUUGAAGGGAAACGGGAAGAAGCAAUUUUGUCUUGAAGUCAAAACGAUGCGAGUGGAGAAUCAGAUGAAAAAUGUUGGCAAGCUGGUUCUCUGUGACCCGUUAGACCGCGAGACCACAGAGAGCUACGUUCUGACCGUGAGCGUGUUCGACCGUGGAACGCCGGCGCUUAACAGCUCUGCCGUUGUCAAGGUGACCGUCACCGACUGCAACGACAACGCCCCGACCUUUUCCAGCACGACGUACCACGCGCGAGUCAGUGAAAACAGCCUUGUGGGGACCAUCCUCGUCCAGGUCAGCGCUCACGACCCUGAUCUGGGCAUCAACGGUUCGCUGCAUUAUGAAAUUGUCUCAGGAGACAGCAGAGGACGCCUUAAGCUGGACCCUCAGUCUGGCCUUUUGGUGGUCAACAGCUCACUAAACUAUGAGGAGGACGCAAAGUACGCCCUCACCGUCCGAGCUUCUGACGGCGGGGAAACAUCCGUAGCUCGCAAAGUGGCUUUCACCGUAGUUCUUAUCACGGUGCUGGACGAAAACGACAACACUCCCUACUUCUUGUUCUCCACUUUUAACUGCUCAGUGCUGGAGAACCUCCCAGCAUCUACACAUGCAUGUUCAGUCCACGCUAUCGACAAUGAUUUGGGCGUCUACGGCCAACUUACUUACUCCAUCCUUUCCUCCUGCUUCAUGAACUUCAGGGACAGUGACCCGGAUAGGAAGGAAGCUUUCGCAAUCGAUCCCAUCACAGGCGACAUUCACACCAAGCAGACUUUUGAUUAUGAACAGGAACGCGGGUACUGCUUUGUGGUGGAAGCCAGGGACAAAGGCGACAGGGCUGAUACAGUCCGGGUGCAGAUCUUUAUCAAGGGCGUGGAUGAGUUCAGUCCUGUCUUCAGCCAGAAGGAGUACCACUUUCUUCUACCAAAAGACGCUAAGUCCAGGCAAACGGUUGGGUUUGUGGUGGCUAUGGACAACGAUGGCGGAGUGGACGGGGUGGUGGAGUACUCCCUUGUGAACCCAACGCCCUUCUUCUCCAUAAACAAAACAAAUGGCGCCAUCUAUGUGUCAGGACCUGUAUUCCGCAGGCGGGGCGGCCACGCUCCCGAGGAUGAGCUUAAACUACUUGUGUCUGCUGGUAGUCCACGGCUGGGUUCCAGGACUACUUCCUGUAUGGUUUUUGUAAACAUCUCCAGCUCGACCGAGGUGCUGGUCGGAGUGCCUCUUGAUGGACACAUGCUGAGUUUGAGCGUCUCGCUGGCCAUAGUCCUGCUUGUCCUCGUCAUCUUUGUCGGCUUGGUCCUCAGAUCCAAAAUGAAAGAGGCCGCAUUAAAAAAUGCAGCUUCCGUCGCCUCAAACAUGAACAAUGGCUAUAUUGGACAACUGGACUGCGCCAUCUCGUUGCAGGGGAUGAAACCCAGCGUGUUAGUGAGCAAGUGCGGCGCUGCAAACCGCGACACCCCAUCGAACUCCAGCGGUCGUGGGUCAGCAGAAGGCGAAACAGCCGAAGACCAGGAAAUCAAGUGGAUUAACGAGUAUCCCUGCUGCAAAAGAGAGAACGGGACUUCAGAGAACCCUGACUCGGCCUUGCCUGGGGAAACCAUGUCUUGUCACUCGGUCGAUGUAGGCCCUGAACACCUUUUAUCAGCCACUAACUGUUUCAUCAGCACAGAAAGCAUCCAUCACUUUAAAGAUGAGGGGGGAGGUGAGGGACUACUUCCUGUAACAAUAAGAGAAAGGGAUCUGGAGGUGAAAAAGGGAUAUGCUCUUCUUUCUGAGGCUCUCGCAUCUUCAGAUUCCUUGUCCUCGCUCAUGCGUCUGGAUGAGCGCCUGGAAGGAGGCUACAGUUGGGACUACUUGCUGGACAGGGAGCCGUGCUUCCAGACUUUGGCCUCCGUCUUCGCAGACAUCGGGAUGCUCCCGGAUGAAGAUCUCCAAGGCGGCCGCGAGGACUUCGCUACAGACCGUGGCGGUCUUAUGCACCCGCCGCCGCUCAUUACAUCUGUGGCUCAGCCCGGCAUCAGGACUGUACCUUCGCGCAGACCAAAUCGAGCGCCAAGCCUGAGUAGGCGGCCCUCUUACCCCAGAUACGCAUACUCCCCAUUAGCGAGGAACACUGGACUCACUCCGACGGCAAUGACACCCACGUUCUCCCCUUCACUGUCGUCACUCACAAUCAGGACUCCCAGCGCCUCGCCGGUUGUUACUGACACCAGAGUCGGGGGUAUUCGGCUGGACUCGGGGCCACACACUGCAAGCCUGCUAGAGGCAGAAAUACAAGUAUAGCCUAUGCCAACGCCACCACCAGUUUUGUUGUCUGUGCUGACGUUUCCGUCCCAGGUUACCUCCAGGUCUACCAGACCUGAGGUGUUCCCCAGUCAUCUGUGAGACAUGGUCCCUUCAGCGUCCUCUACCUUGGGACAUAUUUUACAUGUCCACUAUGAAUCACCUUGAUAUGGUGGACACGUUUGACUGCCCGAUGAGUGUAGAACAGGGCUAUUCCACUACAUAAUUAAGAGGGCCGCAGUUUCAAGAGCCCAAUGUCUCAAGGGCCGUACAUCAAAAUGUGGAUGUUUCGUUAAAAAGUGCCUAUGCGGGUUAUACUUCUUUGAGACUGUGUUUACUUAAUUGCAAAGUAAACAAAUCGGCUUUUACACUGCACUGUCAAUAAAUUAAUUAUUCAACCCUCGCUACUCGUUUCUAGCGUGGGCAGCUAGUUAACCGUAUAGUAAAUGGUAAAUGGGUUGUACUUGUAUAGCGCUUUUCUACCCCUUUUUAAAAGGAGCCCAAAGCGCUUUGACAGUAUUUCCACAUUCGCCCAUUCACACACACAUUCACACACUGACGGCGGGAGCUGCCAUGCAAGGCGCUCACCAGAACCGAUCAGGAGCAAGGGUGAAGUGUCUUGCCCAAGGACACAACGGACGUGACUAGGAUGGUAGAAGGUGGGGGUUGAACCAGUAACUCUCAGAUUGCUGGCACAGUAUGCAGAAAGAGAAGCUCCAGAAAUUUUGUUCGAGGAUGAUGUACCUUCUUUUGAAUUAUUUUCCUCCCUCAGUUUUAUUUUCGUUACACUUCUUCCUUCAUUUAGGUUUGUAAGACUGAAAAUAAAAACAUAAAAUAAACAUUGCAAAAGUAUAACGUCCACUGUGUAUUUGACAUAAAUAAAAUAGAAGGUUUAGUGCAAUACAUUCACUACAAAUGUUUACACAUAUGGAAAUCACACAACAUUCACACACCAAACAUUGCACAUAUUGUAUGUGACUUAUCACAAUCAAACCUAAGGUGUAGUGUUAUCGCCCUCUACUGGUCAAAAUUAGCACCACAUGUAUUAAACGAGCUAGAUAGAUACAUAGAUAGAUAGAUAGUACUUUAUUGAUUCCUUCAGGAGAGUUCCUUCAGGAAAAUUUAAAUUCCAGCAGCAGUGAACAGAGUUGAAAUCAAUUUGAAAAAAAAAAAUAAAAAAAAGGUUAAUAAUGGGGGUUUAAAAGGAAACAAAAUAGAGAAAUAUUACAAAAAGAAUAAAAACAAUGGGAAUAACAAUAUAACAGUAAAAUAAGAAUAUAACAAGACAAAGUAGGCAGUAGUGACCAUGUUAUGAAAACGUAUUGCAAUGUUAAUGUUUUGCAUCCCCUGUCAUCCUAAUACCCCCCAUCCCCCGUCCCAGAGAGGAGUUGUACAGUCUAAUGGCGUGUGGGACAAAGGAGUUCUUGAGUCUAUUAGUCCUGCACUUGGGAUGAAGCAGUCUAGCACUGAACAGGCUCCUCUGGCUACUGAUAACGCUAUGCAGAGGGUGACUGGCAUCAUCCAGGAUGCUCACUAGUUUGUCCACAGUCCUCUUCUCUGCCACCGUCACCAGUGAGUCCAGUUUCAUUCCCAUUGUAAAACCGGCCCGCCUGAUCAGUUUCUGAAGUCUGGAGCUGUCCUUAGAUGUACUGCCCCCCCAGCACACUACCAUGUAGAACAGAACACUGGCAACCACAGACUGGUAGUACAUCCACAGGAGUUUUCUACAAAUGUUGAAGGAGUGCAGUCUCCUGAGGAAGUACAGCCUGCUCUGUCCUUUCUUGUACUGGUGGUCCGUGUUAACAGUCCAGUCCAGCUUAUUGUCCACCCAAACCCCGAGGUACUUGAAUGAGUCCACUGUCUGUACCUCAACUCCCUCGAUCACAAUAGGUUGUGACCGUGGACUCGACCUCCCAAAGUCAAUGACCAGCUCCUUGGUCUUUGACGGAUUGAGCUGCAAGAGGUUCGUGUGGCACCAGACAACAAAGUCCCUCACCAGGUUCCGAAACUCCUCCUCUCUGCCGUCCCUGAUGCACCCGACGAUGGCUGUGUCAUCCGCGUACUUCUGGAUGUGACACAGCUCUGAGUUGUAGCAGAAGUCAGCGGUGUACAGGGUGAAGAGAAGAGGGGCCAGCACCGUUCCCUGCGGUGCUCCGGUGCUGCUGAUCACAGUGUCAGACGUGAUGUCCUUCAGUCUGACGUACUGUGGCCUGUCGGUGAGGUAGUUCGAAAUCCAGGCAACCAGGCAGGGGUCCACUUGCAUUUUGUAGAGCUUGUCCUGAAGGAGGCGGGGCUGGAUGGUAUUAAAGGCACUCGAGAAGUCCAGGAACAGGAUCCUCACAGUGCCAUUUCCCUUAUCCAGGUGUGAGUGGGCUCGAUGCAGCAGGUAAAGGAUAGCAUCCUCCACACCAACGCCUUCCUGGUACGCAAACUAAGCUAAGCCCAGCAGCGUUAAUUUCAGACAAAUAACAGCCAUCCAUUUUCUACCGCUUAUUCCCUUCGGGGUCGCGGGGGGCGCUGGUGCCUAUCUCAGCCACAAUCGGGCGGAAGGCGGCACAACCACAAAUACAUCACAAAGUCAGCAAUUUCAAUACAUCCAUCCAUCCAUCCAUUUUCUACCGCUUAUUCCUUUUCGGGGUCGCGGGGGGCGCUGGCGCCUAUCUCAGCUACAAUCGGGCGGAAGGCAGGGUACACCCUGGACAAGUCGCCACCUCAUCGUCAAUUUAGUGUUGCCAAUCAACCUAUCCCCAGGUGCAUGUCUUUGGAAGUGGGAGGAAGCCGGAGUACCCGGAGGGAACCCACGCAUUCACGGGGAGAACAUGCAAACUCCACACAGAAAGAUCCUGAGCCUGGAUUUGAACCCAGGACUGCAGGACCUUCGUAUUGUGAGGCAGACGCACUAACCCCUCUGCCACCGUGAAGCCCAAUUUCAAUACAAAACAAAGUAAAUAUCUUUAAGCACAAUAUCCUUUUUUUUCCAUUUUCUACCGCUUUUAACACUAUCUACUGACAAAUGUUGGACCAAGUUUUGUGAUGAAACUUACAUGCUGGGAUUUUUACCAUUGUUGCUGCUUGUCUGGAUCAAUGUGUCCGUCGCUUAAAAGGUCCGCCAGGAAACAAUUGUUCGGGGCAGAACAUUCAUACUUUGUUGUCAAGUCGUUAAAAGUCAGAUUUUUGCAAUUAAUUUAGUUUUAUUUGGGUUGAAUGGGCAGUCUUCUUCUAUUCACCCCACUGUUGCUUAUUGUGACACAUAUGCCUCGCUGUUGCCCCCUGUGGGGUGGCGGCAGUCAUCAUCAUCGGCGGUCACUCAAACGAGUAUGACGAUCCUCCUGGUAUGGGAGUAUCCCUUUAUGGAGGAUGCCUGUGCGUGACUUUGUUUAACGUGGGGCAGGGGUCGGCAACCCGCGGCUCUUUGGCAACUCUGAUGCGGCUCAGCUGCACAAUCCCCGACCCCCCAGAUUGAUGCGGGGAGAUUCCGUAAUUCAAUGCCUCUCCCGGACAUCACCCGGAGUCAACGUUCUCCAAUUUUCACUUGGACUACAAUAUUAAGGGCGCGACGUGAUGAUAUUACUCUUGACGUCCUCUUGAACGUCAUCGAGCCCGCCAUUCACGGAAUGCUAUUUGCGUCCUCACGCCCGCCUUUCACGGAAUGCUAUUUGCAAACCGGCAAACACAUGCAUUUCGCUGCUUCUAUCGGCACAUGUAUGAGAUUGCAAGGCAUACUGGGUGACACAGAGUACACUGACGGUUGUGAUAUAAACUUUAACACUCCUACUAAUAUGCGCCACAUUGUGAACCCACACAAAAGAAGAAUGACGAACACAUUUCGGGAGAAAAUCCUCACAGUAACACAACAUGAACGCAACACAACAAAUACCCAGAAUCCU